CUGCCCCGGCCGCCCGGCACCAUGCGCGCCGCCCUGCUGCUCCUGCUCGCCCUGCUGCCGCCCGCCCGCGCCGCCCGCCCCAAGCUCGCCCUGCCCAUCCGCCCCGACACCGAUCCGCUGCCCCCCGGGGGCGCGGCAGGCUGCGCCUUCGGGGGACGCUUCUAUGCCCUGGACGAGACAUGGCACCCGGACCUGGGGGAGCCCUUCGGGGUCAUGCGCUGCGUUAUCUGCCACUGCGAGCCGCUGAGGAACCGCCGGGGGAAGCCAGUGGGGAAAGUGAACUGCAAGAACAUGAAGCAGGACUGCCCCGUGCACGCCUGCCCCCGGGCCACGCUGCUGCCCGGGCACUGUUGCCCCACCUGCCCCAAAGCUUUGCCUGGCCCCCCAGAGAAGAGCCCCGGACCCCCCUUCGACACCUUCGAGUACUUCCAGGACAAGGAGGAUGACCUAGAAAAGCCCUACAAUGACCGCUCCUAUCUCAACUCUGAGGGGAUGGCCCGUGACGAUGCCCGCACAGAGUUCGUGGCCUUGCUGACAAGCGGCUCAGAGCCGUGGCACCCCACUUCCAGUGCAGUGGCCAAGGCUCGCUUUACCCUGCUGCGCUCCUACCUGCUCUUCUCCAUAAGCUACGAGAGGCUGGGGCGGCCGAGUCGCGUGCGUUUCAGCAACCCCGAGGGCAACGUGCUGUUUGAACACCCUGUGCAGAAGAGCGCUGCCCCUGAGGACGGCAUGCUCUGCGGGAUGUGGAGGACGGUGUCCAAGGCCAAUAUCCAGCUGCUGCGUGGGGAGCAACUCCGCGUGUCCCUCAUCACCCGGGCACAGCCCUCCGGAGAGGUCCAUGGGCACAUCGUCAAGCAUCGGGCACUGUUUGCCGAGACAUUUGGUGCCAUCCUGACCUCAUCGGACCCCACACACCUGGGUGCUGGGGGCAUGGCCAUGCUGACGCUUAGUGACACCGAGAACAACCUGCACUUCAUCCUCAUGGCCCGGGGUCUGCUGGAGCCGGGUGCUGGGGAAUCCCCCUGGGUGCCGCUGCGGGUCCGCAUCCUGCACCAGGGCCAGACGCUGCGGGAGGUGCACACCAACAUCACCAUGGAGGACCCUGACUUCGCGGAGGUGCUGAGUGAGCUGUCUGCUCAUGAGCUGCAGUGGCUGGUGCAGGGGCAGCUCCGCAUCGUGGCAGAGACAGAGGGCCGGCAUGCACGCCAGCUGGCAGGCACCAUCACCACACGCCGCAGCUGUGACACUAUCCAAAGCGUGCUGUGUGGAGCAGACGCCUUGCUGCCAACCAAGACGGGUUCUGUGGGCUCAGCCAAGCUGGAACUGCACAAGAAUGGCACCCUGGAGUACCAGGUCCAAGUGGUGGGUACUGCCAGUGAGGUGGUGGGCAUCACAUUGGAGACCAAACCCCGUCGGAAGAGCAAGAGGAACGUCCUGUUUGACAUGACAUUCAGCUACAAGGAUGGGCUGGCCCGGGGCACCUGGGAGAACCCCAGCGCCCGCGAUGCCCACAUGCUGCUGCAGAAUGAGCUCUUCCUCAAUGUGGCCACCAAGGACUGGGCGGAGGGCGAGCUGCGGGGCCAAGUCAUCUCCCUCCCCUACAGUGGGCUGCUUGCCCGCUACACAGAGAUGCCCGUGGCACUGGCAGGGCAGCUGGUGUCCCCUCCCGUAAGCAGUGGUGCCGGGGGGCACGCCUGGCUGUCUCUGGAUGAGCACUGCCACCUGCACUACGAGAUCUCAGUGGCGGGGCUAGGCCGCCCAGCUGACAGCACUGUCAGUGCCCACCUCCACGGCGUAGCUGAGCUGGGUGAGAUGGGAGCCCAUCCCCACCAGCACAAGCGCCUGCUCAAGGGCUUCUACAGCACCGAGGCUCAGGGCGUGGUGAAGGACCUGGACACCGACCUGCUGCAGCACCUGGCCCAGGGCACUGCUUUCCUUCAAGUCAGCACCAAAGCUCACCCCCAUGGGGAGAUGCGGGGACAGGUGCACAUUCCAAACCGGUGCCACACAGGAGGAACCCGCCUGGCCCAGGAAGAGGCUCCAGGGGAGGGCGAGCUCUCUGAAAGCACCAAGAUCAGGGACUUGGAACAGCUGAAGAAAGACCCCAACUCCUGUUUCUUUGAGGGGCAGCACCGGGCACACGGCACCCGCUGGGCACCGGACUAUGACAAGAAGUGUUCCAUCUGCAGCUGCCAGAAGCGCACAGUGAUCUGUGACCCCAUCCUGUGCCAGCCCCUCAACUGUACCCGCCAGGUGCACCCAGAGGACCUGUGCUGCCCCAUCUGCGAAGAAAAGACAGGGCAGGAGGAGCUGAAGCUGGAACGAGCACGGGACAGUAGUGAGGGCUGCUACUUUGACGGAGACAAGACGUGGCGAGGCUCUGGCACCCGCUGGCACCCAGUCGUGCCUCCCUUUGGGCUCAUCAAAUGUGCCAUUUGCACCUGCAAGGGCACCACAGGUGAAGUACACUGCGAGAAGGUGCAGUGCCCACGGCUCACCUGUGCCAAUCCAGUGCGUGCCAGCCCCUCUGACUGCUGCAAGCAGUGCCCAGCCUCUGAGAAGAGCGUCCCUGAGCUGGCCGACACCAUGCAGGCAGAUGGGCCACGGGCAUGCCGAUUUGGGCGCCGCUGGUACCUCAACAACGAGAGCUGGCACCCCUCCGUCCCCCCCUUUGGGGAAAUGAAGUGUAUCCUGUGCUGGUGUGUGUCAGGGGAGACACACUGCCAGAGACAGGAGUGCCCGCCAGCUGCCUGUGCCAGCCCUGCCAGGAGGGACAACCCCUGCUGCACCAAGUGCCGCGCUCCAGCUGCCCCCCCAGAUGCACAAGAGAAGGUUCAUGAUACCAGGGUGGAGGCAUGGAGCCGCUGAACAGUGACCACGACCCAGGGCAGGACGAGUGCACAGAGAGUCUGGGUGGCCGUGAGGGCUCCCCACCACCCGUCACCCCCGCACAGGGCAGGGGGCACAGAGGAGCAUGGCAGGGUGGACAGAGCCAGAUGCCCAGCCUGGGCACCCCAUCUUGGCACAGCUGUAGUGCUGGGGCUGCCCUGUCUGGUUGUGCCAGCAGGCAGCAGCCCGGCUGGUGGAGGCCGGGGCACCCGCUACCCUCCCUCUCCGAGCCCCCCAGCAAGCGGGCAGAGCAGGCAUCACGCCUGCCUUGUAAAUAGUGUAAAAUCCCUCUGCUCCUGGCUCACCUGGGCUCGUCACAUAAUUUAUGGUGCCCAGGGACGGGGGUCCCAAUGUAUUUAUUAAAACCAGAGA